AUAAACAUGUCGCUAACGAAUUAUUAUUCCAUGAUGGGGAUCCAGACUGAGGAGCCGUACGGUGCACAUUUCAUCCCGGGAGGCUUGCAGGGUUCGACGGCCGGCUGCGCAAAGCCAGUCCGAAGAGCGGAGGAUGAGGAGGGGGUCCCCGGCUCACACGUUCCAGAUUUUUCACAUUUUUCCAACAAACAAACGAGCUUAAACGGCUUUUCUCCCUGGGCAAACAACUCUACUUCGUCUUCGCCCUCUUCUCCGCAGCUGCAGUCCACCCCCGGUCUUUUUCACCCACAUCACCUCCUGAGCCACCACCACCCAUACUACGACCCGCAGACGCAGACACACACCGAACACCUCGCAUCCGCGGCCGCUUCCGAGAGCAGGUUCGUCCGCUGUUGGGAGGGGGCGACUCCCACCUCGGAGACUUCUCUGUCACAUGCGUCGGUCGGUUUUCCCGUGUGUGUCCCCGCUCAGGGUGACCUUUCCAAUCUGAGCCCGAGGUAUGAGGCGGUUAAACCUGAGAGUUCACCGCCGUCACACAACAGCCCCGAAGAUUCCAGCUUCGCCAGCCCGACUGAGGUGGUCCUCGAGCGGCUUGGCACGGCGAAGGAGCUGGGAAGGAAACCGGAGCCCAAAAAAGUGGAGGAGGAGAGAAAAACAAAGCAACAGCUUGACCCGGAAAAUCCAGCAGCUAGUUGGAUCUAUGCCAAGUCCACCCGGAAGAAAAGGUGUCCAUACACCAAACACCAGACCCUGGAGCUGGAGAAGGAGUUUCUCUACAACAUGUACCUGACCAGGGACCGGCGCCUGGAGGUGGCAGGACUCUUAAAUCUGACAGAGAGACAGGUUAAAAUCUGGUUCCAGAACAGACGGAUGAAGAUGAAGAAGCUGAUGAUCCGGGAGAGGAGGAGUGUGAAUGAAUGAUGGAUUUGGAGAAGAGGCCCAGGGAUGUUUUUUUUUUCUUCUUCUUUCUUCCAGGAUAGGUUUUGGAGGUGGUGAUGUUAUAACUGAUAAGAGAAACGCAGUGCUCCAAGACGCCCAACAUCUUUAACAUGAGCAGCUGUUACUAAGCAACGGAUUGUGGAGCUAUAACAUGGCUGCCCUGGUGAAACUCUGCAGUGGUGAAACUCUGCAGGGGAGACCAGGAUGUGUUGUAACACUUUUACAAAAAACUACUCCUUUCAAUGUCUUUUGGCCUUUUUUCAUGUUAGAGCUUCUGAAAUCGGGUUCUUCCUUCUGCACGUUAGUCAACCUGUAACCUGAGGUACUUGUAAAUAAUGCUUCAAAAGUUCAAAUUUACAGAAAAAUCCAUAAAUUGAAUUUUAAAAAAACAACCACAUACUAGAAAGAUGAUAUCAAAGACUUUGCUGAUUGUAAAACAUCUGUUUUUGACAAGGCUGCAAUCUCACAUGUCCAAAACUGAAACUACUUGACACAUACUUGACUUCACAUAAAUUGUCUGUGCUUUCUGCCAAAAUCUGAAUUGCGUUUUAUGAUUUAAUGCUAAAACUAUUGUCCUCAUAAAAACUGCUUUCAGUAUGUCAGACGUGACUGUGCUACAUCUGCUAUGGCCUGAAAUAGUCACAGAGCUUUUAAAAAUUUGAAAUAAAAAUACCCUAAGCAAACAAAGAAGCCUGACACGUAAUCAUAACCAUAAUAAAAGAAAAUAAAAGAGAUAAGAGAGUGAGACAGAAUCAGACAGAUUAGGUGGUAAAUGAUGUAAAUUGAUGCAUUUAUUGAUCCCUUUGUUAGCUCUAAUUUAGAAGGUGGAAUCUGUUAAUAUUCUUGUGUGAUUUGCAUGAUCCAGCGUUCUUUAAGACACAAAGCUUUACUGUGGCUGGACUUACAAUCACAAAAAAUGUGAAUCUAUCAAAACGGCAACAUUUCACACAAGAUAUAAAAGGUGAAAUUGCUGUUUUCACAUGUGAAAUAUAUGAAAAUAACAUUGAAUGAUCUUUUCACAUGUGAACUUUCUGAAAACAUGUUUCCAAAUGUGAAUUUUGAACACGUGAAAUGUGUUUCACAUGUGAUAAAUUCUGCUCCUUUGCAAAGGAAAGUUAGUUCAAACCAGACUUUUAAACUGAAACCUCCAACAUCCUUUAGUGUGUAAAUUAACAACAUAAGCAUACAAGUUAUUGAAGAUGGAUUCAUGCACACAAAAACUGACUGACUCCGGAUGCUCUGCCAUAUUGGCUGUAGCUCCAAUACUGCUUUUACAUGACCUAUUGUCACCAUAGAAGACAAAACCCUGCAAAAAGUUAAGAUUGUCAGUGUUUAGGAGCACUUUAUCUCUCCAGGGCUAAAGAUGUAGCCCAAUGUGUAGGGAUCAAAUGGCUGAGAUUAGUGGCAUGUCCAUCCACACCCUUAUAGAUGAUUACACAGCUUGUAAUUGUAACACUGGAACAGAAACGUAUGUCAGGUUUGCAACAGUUUAACUAUAAAAUAAACCAAGAUGCAAAUUAUGAAAUGAACACAAAAAAAUCAACAGUAAUACCAAAAUACUUACUUACCAAUGUAUUUCAGGUGUGUCCGGGUGGGUGAUGCUGUCAGAGAGGCACACACAGGUUUUUAAUCUAGCUGCUGAUUGGAUCAAUUCUCUGUGUUACAACCAACCCCUGUCUCCCUGAAAAUAAUAUCCAAAAGGGACGUUUAUCAUUUUGUAUUUUAAGAAAAGAACAAGCUUCCUUGUUAUUAUUAUUAUUAUUAUUAUUAUUUUUUAUAAAAUGUGCAUGUAUAGCCGAAUGGACGUAUUUGUUGUUAUCGUUGCUGUGUUGUAUAAGUCUAUCUGUUGUUAAUGUGGGAUACAUGGAGAUCAUAUGUUCACACACACACACACACACACACACACACACACACACACACACACACACACACACACACACACACACACACACACACACACACACACACACACACACACACACACACACACAGCUAUCUAAGCUUUCUGUUACCUCCUAGAAUAAACAGCUGCAUACAGUUCAUGUGAGACGUUCUAUGUACAAACAACGCACAACCUAUUUUUCAUUUUAGAAGGUAUACGAUAACAUCAAGUUAAAAUAUUAGAGGAAUAUUAUCAGUACUUUAGUGUUUUUUUCACGAGGAUGAGAUGGACUCAACACCAGCCCAUUCUCCCUGGGAGAAAAGGGAAACCCAACAGGCUAUGUUAGCCUACUGAGAUUGAACUGGAGGCAUGAUGUGUUGUGAUGAUGCGAGGCCUUCACCUGCUCUCAUUUAGCCUCAAUAUGCUGCUCGUGGGGAUCUUUUUGAAAAUGAAAUAAA